AUGGAGCCCCAUGGCUCCAGUGGUCAGCCCAACCAACCUGGGCAUGCAGGCUCCGCCACCCGGAUGGCAAUCCGGCAGCAUUCUGUUGGUGACAUCGAGCGCUCGUUUGAGGAGCUACGGGAGUAUUUGAAAGACGUAAAAGACCACAGAAACCUCUCCUAUUCGAUUAGAGUUGCGGUUCUCCUAGAAGUUAUUGGCAGCCGGAACAAGAUUGCUUCAACUGUGAAGUCUGGGUUCACAGACUACUGGUUGCCAGUGUCGGAAUCAUGCGUGCCAGUGGACCUCAGUCCGGGCGAAUACGACCGAUUUCUGAAAGCACAGCCUUCCUUUCUCGAUGACUCUUUCGACUUGAACGGCCGCCAUCAUCACUUGAGUCAGCAUGCCCUGAGUAAAGAAAGACCAAUAGUCCCACAGUCCCUUAAAUGGAUAAGCAUUAUCGGGCAAGGCGGCUAUGCCGACGUCUCCAAGGUAGAGAGCACUGAUGGAAAGUUCUAUGCACUCAAGAGAAUCCGGCGCCACAAUCGCUACGAUGACGCCAUGGCACAGAUGAAGUCAGUCAAGGAAGAGCUUGAAGUCCUGAAGAGGAUCGACCAUUAUCAUUGUGUUAAGCUCAUGGGCAGCUAUGCGGAUCUUGCGAUAGUUGGCAUAGUCAUGGACCCGGUUGCAGACUGUAACUUGGAUGAAUUUCUAGACAACUUUUCGCAUUCCAAUCCUGUUGACCAACAAGUCGUCCUGGCCAGCUUCUUUGGAUGCCUCGCAACAGCGCUCGAAUACUUGCAUUAUAAGAUGAAAAUACGUCACAAGGACAUCAAGCCCAGGAACAUCCUCGUCAAAGCAAACAGGCUCAUGCUAACCGACUUUGGAAUCUCCCUCGACUGGAGCGAGUCGGGCCAUACAACAACGUUGGAGGAACAAAGGCGCAGUCCUGUUUACUGCGCCCCAGAAGCCGCUGAGGCUAAACCCCGAGAUUCCAACACGGAUAUCUGGUCUCUUGGAUGUGUGUUCCUUGAAAUGGCGGCAGUGUUAAAAGGAAGACCGAGGAGUUUUGUGCAUGACACGCUGAAGAAUUACGGAUCCAAAAAUUUCAGAGACUGUCCCCAAGGAAUCGAAGAGAGCAUUACAACUCUCGAAGCAGAGGGCAAACACUGCGAUGAUAUACCCUUGAUGUGGGUGCGUGCGAUGCUGCAAAGAGCCAAGGACGCACGACCCAACUCUAGACAGCUAAAGCGUAUGAUCAUCCAGUCCCGCGCCCAUACUGACCGUGCCUUCUGUGGAUUUUGUUGUAAUGACGAGCUAGAGGGUUACGGCGAGGCGUCAUCGUCAUCUGCUCCUCAGACCGACAUGGAGGUUACUCAGGACAUUUCACGAGCCGAGACUGUCUCGCAACCAACUCAAUACGACGAAGCCACGCAGCUAGCCGGUGUUCCAGCCAAAAUCCAUGAUCCCCACGGAAAGUGGCACAGCAUCACGGUGAUCAAGCAGCACCGGUCCACCAGGAGCUGGAUACUGCGCAGACUCGCCAACGAGUGCCACCUAAAAGUCGAGCCCGGGCAUCAUCGAGAAGAGUUGGUGUACCAGGGACAACGCUACGAGUCCACGUCGUACACACCGGUCACCUUGUGGACUGGCGGGCACACACGGCGAAGUUCAUGUUGUAUGGUGUUGGACAUGGCUCCCUUUGACAUGCUCGCGGGAAGCGACAUAUGCGCGGACAGCAAUUUGUGA